AUGCGGCUUAAGGAACCCCUUUCAAUGACAGCCGGCAGCAUGACUAAGCGGACAAAUAAACCCCGAAAACCUCGAGAUGAAGAAUCAUCAGAUGAAGUCAGUGGAUUGACUUGCCAACAUGUGACGAGGGCAGUGGAAUUAAACUCCGUAAAGAAAUCUGUGUUAUCCAGCUUGUGGUGGGUGUGUUGUGACUGUUUGAAAGAAAGAACUAUGAUCAACAACGAGCCACCCGGAUUUCAGGACAUCUUAGUCUGCCUCAAGUGUGGUUUCCAAGGCUGUAACCACUCAGGGAUUGAACAUGCUGCCAAGCACCACCGAGCUUUCCAUCCCGAGUCUCAUUGCAUCACCAUUAGCCUGAGUACCUGGAAAGCCUGGUGUUUUGAAUGCAAUGAAGAGCUUUCCACUCAAUGUAACAAAAAAGUCCUUGCACAGACGCUCGAUUUUUUACAGAAGCACUCUCUCAAGGCAACAUCAGCAACAUCCCCCAAGAUCCUGAAGUCAAGAGAGGAAGUCUCUGAUUAUCAUGACCCCUCAAGAGAAAAAAACUCUAUUGUCAACAGUGCCUUGACUCCUGUUAAAGGCAUCAAUAAUCUCGGCAAUACCUGCUUCUUCAAUGCUGUUAUGCAGAAUCUUUCCCAAACACACAUGCUCAUUGACCUCAUCCAGGAAGUGAAGGAGAAAGGGUAUAAACUAAGGAUCUGCCCCCCAGUUGAGAGCCAUCUGGCUCCAUUAGUAGCAAUGCUGCCCAGUCCAGAGCCUCUAACGGCAGCAAUGCUUCUCUUCCUCCAGUGCAUGAAAGAACCUGGAAAAGGACCGGUGAAUCCAAAGAUCCUAUUUAAUCAGCUAUGCCAAAAGGCUUCACGUUUUAAAGGGUAUCAACAACAGGACAGCCAAGAGCUUCUUCACUAUUUGCUGAACUCCAUUCGAGUAGAGGAAACUAAAAGGGUGAAAUCUGGAAUCCUCAAGGCUUUCAAUAAUCCCACGGAGAAGACUGCAAAUGAGGAAACCAGGCGCCAAGUCAAAGCAUAUGGGAAGGAAGGCGUAAAGAUGAACUUCAUUGACCGCAUCUUUGUAGGAGAGCUCACCAACACAAUUAUGUGUGAAGAAUGUGAACAUAUCUCAACAGUCAGGGAAGCUUUCAUUGACAUCUCUUUACCCAUAAUAGAAGAACGGGUAUCAAAGCCAUCUAAUAUUGUCAGGCCAGCAAAAGGAAGUUGUGAGCAGCAUACCAACACGACAGUCCUUUCUACUGUAAACAAAGCUAACAGAAACACCAGGAAGAUGAGUGGGCAGAAACAAUAUAGCAGGAGGUCUUCCAGCUCUGCAGAUGGAAAGGUGCCAUGGUGCAGUAUUGAACAACCCGAAGAAAUUGAAAGUGGAACGGCCCGAUGUGUCUCUGCUCACAAGAUGCCCAAUCGCGGAAGCCUCUCAGAUUGCAGCGAGAGAGGCUCUGCUCCUCAGGACAGCAGUAACGAUGCUGACAGUGAGGCUUCAGAAAGCGAGUGGGCACCGCAGACCUCUUGCUCCAGUCAUUUCCAGUCUCACUCCACACCCACUGUCAAUUCAUCUGUUGUAUCUGUUUCUGCCUCAACAUCACCUCCUUCUAUGCAACGUGUAGAGCCGCUAGUAAGCUGUCUGUCAAAGGUCAGCCUGGGCCUCAGUUCAGAGGACAGCUCCACCCCUUCACGAUGCUCUCUUGAAGAGUCAGAGGAUGCCAAAUUGCAAGAUAAUGUCCACCAUCAAUACCACCAGGGGGCAUUCCAGGCACUCUCUCAAAGUUAUAAUCCCAGCUCCAAGGAGUGCUCCAUCCAGUCAUGCCUUCACCAGUUUACCUCUGUGGAACUACUGAUGGGCAACAACAAGUUGCUUUGUGAGAGCUGCACUGAACGCAGACAAAAGAAGAUGCGCAAGAGCAAUAAAAAGGUAGAGAAGAUCUACACCAGUGCGAGGAAACAAAUGCUCAUUUCCUCACUUCCUCCUGUAAUCACUUUACAUCUGAAACGCUUCCACCAGGCCGGAAUGAAUCUACGAAAGGUGAAUCGCCAUGUCGACUUUCCUUUGAUCUUAGAUCUGGCCCCAUUUUGUUCAGCAUCAUGCAAGAACUUGGCACAUGAUAGCCAUGUCCUUUACAGCCUGUAUGGGAUUGUGGAGCAUAGUGGCUCAAUGCGUGGUGGCCACUAUACUGCAUAUGUAAAAGUCCGCGCUCCCCAGAGGAAAACGGAACAAAACAGGAACUUCUCAGGUGAAAAGGACUCCAGCAGCAGUUCUCAGGGCCAGUGGUUUUACGUCAGUGAUACUACGGUCCAAAUGGUACCAGAGUCCAGAGUUCUGCUCUCUCAGGCUUAUCUGCUCUUUUAUGAAGAACUGAUAUGA